AUGUGGAGUCUGUCUCUGUGUGCAGGGCUGGUGUCGAGCGUACUGCUGUUAAGCGGGUCAGCCCUGGGUCCAGCCGCGCGGCAGACUCAGCCUGAGCUGGCGCGAGCUCACGCAGCCCGGGCGCUGCGCUGCGAUGAGACCCUCACACACAACACGUCCGCUGAACACUGGCUCACCGCGUGUGUGCGGUCCCGGCCGCUAGCAGCGCUGCUAGCGGUGCAGCCUCCGAGCGCGCGUUUUCUGGCAGGUUGGGCCCCUGCGGCCCCAUCUGCGCCCGCCCGCGCGCUUCACCACAGUGACGCCUUCCUGCAGUGCGCCCUGGCUGUUGUGCUCACAACCACCGAGAGCUACCACCUGUUCUCCGAGAACGAAGUGAGGCACGGAUUCGAAGAGGAGCAUAGGAAUCGUAUCCUGCGCACGUUCGUCCGCAACGUGUACCGCUACCACCGCAAUGAGAUCUUCGCAGCAGUUCGUAACGAGUACACAGACUGGGAGAAACCCAUCCAGCAUCCCAUCAACAUCCGCGAUGCCACGCUGGAAGCGCUCAGUGACGCCGCCGUGGGCGCCCCCGCGCUUCGCCUGGCGCAGCUGCAUGCGCGUCGCGGAGCCCCAACCUACCUGGCGCACUUCGCUCAUCAGACCAGGGACGCCGACUACCCGCAGCGCCUGGGAAGUGUGUCGAGUGAAUCUCUGCCCUACUUUUUGGGUCUGCCGCUGGUGGGUGGCAUGCCGUUCUAUCCACGCAACUACUCUCGCGGAGACGUGAGCGUUGCGGAGUCCACAGUGCAGCUUCUCGCUGCCUUCGCGAAGACAGGAGACCCUUCUCCUAAGCCUGAUGAUCGACACGAGGCGCCCGUCUCCUGGCCUAGAUAUGAGCUGAGCACUCAACAAUAUUUGAGUAUUGGUAGCAAGAUCCGAGUGAAGAGUCACUACCGCGGCCACAAGAUGGCGUUGUGGCUGCACCUCAUCCCACAGCUGCAUCGGCCAGGAGCUGCACGCUCCCACCACCAGUUCAGAGCUCCGCACCCCGACAUGUUCGCCGGUGACAUACUUCCCGAGCUGUACACGACGAGCGCGGCGCUUGAGGAUGAGGAGAGUGCGGAGGAGUUGGAGGAGCUGGAUGAGGUUGAGGCACCUGGCGUGGAAGAAUGCUCACCGUCACCGCCCGCGCUGGCCGCUCUGCCGCCCCCUGCGAACCCCUCAUCGACACCCCAGGAUUCGAACCUCGCCGCUGACACACAGUACUACAGGUACACGGCGGCACUGGGUGUGACUCUGGGUGCCGGUUGUGGGCUACUGCUGCUCAACGUGCUGGUGUUCACCGGCAUCUACCUGCAGCGCGGCAGACGGCGAGCACGCAGACCAGCUCGUCACGGCAGCUCGAGGAGUCGUCACACCGGCUGCGAGCUGGGCGCUGUCUGCUCACCGCGGAAGAGCACGCUCAAGCGCAGCAGCGAGCUAGAGUUGAAGGAGAGACAGGACAGUUCGUCCGGCGCUCCCACGCUGCAUCCCCCCGCGAAGAAGAGAGUGCAGAUACAAGAGAUCUCCGUCUAGAGUACGAGUACUAGAGUCUGCGUAGCGGCAGCGUGACAAUACACUAACGGCCGAUCCCAAUAUAUCUAUCUACAGAUAGAGAUAAAUUACUACCUUCUACUGUCAGUAAUUACCUGUCAAUAAUUUGAAGCUGAAGACUUAACAUCUUAUGUCUCAAGGUGACGAGCGCAAUUGUAGUGCCGCUCAGAAUUUUUGGGUUUUUCAACAAUCAUGAGUGGCACUGAUUGUAAUGGGCAGGGAGUAUGAAUUAACAUCUGCUGAACGUCCUGCUCGUCUCGUAUCCCGUAUUUUAAUAAAAAAAAUGUCUGUAUAACGCAACCCAAGUCACAUCAUCAUAAUAUUAAUACUGUUCUUGACACAUGAAUAACAUUGGGUAUAUCAUCUUCUCGGUCCCCAAAUGCUAUCUAACAACAUUAUGUCUUCAUUAUAAUAUUCAAAAUAGGUCACCAUUUAUGUAUUGAUAGACCUCGAUUUCCAAUAUUUUUUUCCACACGUUUUUUAUCGAAACUGAAAGUGUUAAUAUGAUAUUUUUUAUUAUUGUACAAAAUUUAUAAUUUUAUAGUAUAAAUAUAACAAUCUAUAAAAAAAAGUGAAAUUAGUGUCCAACAUUACAGUAAUUAAAUACAAUUGUAUGAAUAAAUGAAUGAAUGAAUGAAAAUACUUGAUUGCACUAAUACUACAUAAUAGUUACAAUUUAUAGCAGUUAUGGUAACACAAUUAGGCGACCUUAUCGCUAUUCAGCGAUCUCUUCCAGGCAACCUACAGGUAUUUCAGUUGCUUUUAUACGACCUUAUUGAUUAGCCAAAUAUUAUUAUGUUAGCCAGUACGUAAAACUAGCCGAGUAACUCAGAUGUGUUUUAUUGUCUGUUGAAUGAGUUGUUUCUGUAAAUAAUAAUUGUCUGUUUAAAUUUAAGAAUUCAUAUUGACAUAGUAGCUAACAUUAUGUAGUAGCAAGAUAUACGAAUUUUGUAUACAUGAUAAAUAUUUCAAGUUUUUUUUUUAUGGAAUAGUAGGACAAACGAGCGUACGGGUCACCUGGUGUUAAGUGAUCAGCGCCGCCCACAUUCUCUUGCAACACCAGAGGAAUCACAAGAGCGUUGCCGCCCGGUUGAGGAAAGUGUACGCGCUUUUUUUGAAGGUACGGUACCUUCAAAAAAAGCGCGAAAUUUGAAAGACUUUGUACUAAUUUCAAGGAAUUUUCUGAUGGAAUAUACUUUUGUACAUAUUUUAUAUGUGUUGCCGUUUAACUUUAGCAAUAUAUUUAUUAUAGUUUCUAAUUGUAUAUGUUAACAGCUAGGCUGUAUAUCUCCUAACAUCUGCAACACUAUGUUGACGUUUAGGAGGGUAAUGUUGAUUGAUAAUUGGACGUAGAUCCUGAAAAACGUUCCAAGCCACAAAAAUCUCAUUUUAAGGAAUUCAAGUUUAAAGUUUAAUAAAUAUUAGUGUAUUCCAUACAUGUGGGUUGGGCUACUAAGUCAUGAUGUCAUUUAAAAUGUGACACUAGGUCCGCCAUGUUUUGUCAGUCGGUUAAUAUGAAUCACGUGACCAGAUUGUGUUCUUAACUCAAUUUCGACAUGAUUGUGGUUUGGAAUGUUUUUCUGGAAUAACGUCUAAUUAUUGUUAAUUUAUGAGAUUUAUAUAUUAUAAUGUGUAUAGUAUAUCUCUGUUUAGUUACAUGUGUUUCAGUUAAACAAAUUAAAUUUAAAAAGAAAAUUAAUACGAGCGAGCGAGCGCUCUUCCACUGAGCCAACCAUUCGAGUGACGUAUCGUUGAUAAAUUGAAUUUAAUUGAAUCUUGUAUGUCUUGUUCAACUCUCUGUAGACGAGGCCACUUUCUGAAAUUCAAGUACCGCAUCGUUCAUAAAUUUUGUUUCCAAAUUUAAUUUGUAUAAUUAAUCCCAGAAGUGUUAUCACUUUAAAAAAAAUCACAAAAAUGUUCAGUUGUUGGUAAGGUAAUUAAAAUGUACUUGGUAUUGUUAACACACAAUAGUCCGGUUCCUAUAGAACUUUGUACAGGCAGACGAAGUUCAAGCUGAACUAGAGAAUGACUUCGACUCACUUGAUACUAGUCACGUCCCAAACCAGUGACACUCAUCCUUAGUGGCCCAGCUCUACGCCAAAUUUAAGUUUAGUAAAAGUUUAAUUGAUAUUUAUAAUUUAGAUACCUCAUUUUUUAAUGUUACUAAUUAUCAAAUUAAAUUCAAAAUCAUUUUAUUCAUGUAAAUCAAGGUCAAAAAUUACUGGCCUAAAGAGCUGCUUCGAAUUUUGGGCAUUUCCACAAUUCUGUGCGGCACUGAAUUAUACUCGUAAUGGCCGAAUGAUUUACAAUUAAUUUUAAUUUAAUUAAAGUCACGUGUAACAUGAAUAUCAUCAAGCGAUGUUUCGGUUCGAAAAUUGUGACUACCGUCUUGACAUAAAAUAGAUUUUCAGUUAUUGACGUGUUUAAUGGUUCCCAUUCUGUACACACGACUGGUAGGUCGUCUAAUUCAAUAUUGACUUGACCCUUCUCCGCGUACCCUACGAAGCUAAAAGCACUUAAUAUACUUAUAGUUUCUGUUUUAAUAGGUAAUGUUAUUUACCUAAGUCCUUCGUAUAAAAUGAUUCCUGCCGCCUAAUUCCAACUUCGAACGACAUGCCACAAAUUAGGACAUCACCCCCCCAUCUGGAUGUGUGGCGAUCCCCCAAAGUGCGGUUUACAAGGAACUUUCUUCCACGUAUUACAAAUCUGUAAAUAGGGCUUCCGAUCCUGCGGUCUAUUUCCAAUCUCGGUAUUUGCGGGAGUGAAAUUGACUAUCCCGCGGGAUCUCGGGAUUCGCAGGGCCCGCACUUAGUAACUAAUAUAAUCUUAUCUGAGCCAUUUUUAGGUGAGAGAUGUGGUCUCUGCCUACCUAUGUAAUGAUUACGUACAAAAUAUAACAAAAAACAAGUAAUAAAAAACUUUUUUGUAUAUUAUAAAGUUAUUAUGAGAUCAGGAUACUGAGAGAUAUAAUCAAAUUAAUAUAAGACAACAAGAGAGACAAAAAUAUUGUUUUAUCAACAACAUAACAGUCUGUUUCUUUGUAAUCCCGCAAAUCCAGUGGGAUCCCGCACGCGUAAUACCGCCGAGAUUAGAAGCCCUAGCUGUGAAUGAGCUUCCUUCUGGGGUGUUUCCGGGACUAUACGUAAUGGGUACCUUCAAAAAAACGCGUACACCUGCCUUAAAAGCCGGCAACGCUACCGUGAUUGCACUGGUGUUGCAAGAGAAUGUGGGCAGCGGUGGUCACUUAACACCAUGUGACCCACCCGUACGCUCGUUUGUCCUCCUUUUCCAUACAAAAAAAUUAAUAAGUUGAAAGAAAUUAAUAUACAGAAAUUGAGUAGAACGCAAUAAUGGAUUCCACGCUAAGUAGGCUAUGAAGAGCAACAAUAAUUAAUUAAUUAUAAACUUUUUAUCAUAAAAUUCUUGAAAGACUUGACUUAGUCGUAAAUCAUAAUAUUGUGCAUAAAUUUAAACGUAGAGCCACAAUGAGUCUACGUCGUGUCGUAAGGCCGGACACACACCUGCUGCAGCGCUAUUGAGGUUUUGUUACGUUUUUAUUUUAAAUGAUGUAGACCAAAACAAAUGCGCAUCUAUGAGAUCCGUUACAAGAAAUUGUUACAAUCUACGUAGUGAGCUUACUUUGAAAUUACUUUUUACUUUGGGACGGAGUAUAAUGGAAUCCUCUUCUUGCCUUUAAAACCCGCAUGAAACUAACACAAAACCUUCCUCGGGUACAUGUAUAAAAAGAGUCACAGUUAACGACAGCAUGCAUAAGUUUUACCAGUUUCUGUUGCUUUUGAUCUCAACAGUGAGGUUAUAGUACGUCUGGCAAGAACGGCGGGUUUUGCGAGAAAUUUUUUGCCUCACACAGUCACUUUGUACACACACUUGGAAUCAAUUACCAGCUACAGUUCUUCCGAACCGAUACUCGUGUCGCGUCGUGUGUGUUACCCUAAAACGUCAGGGACCUUCAAGCUUAGACCUUUCUCCCAAGUUAAAGGCCGGAAACGUAUCUCUUGAUCCCUGGUGUUGUGGACGUCCAUGGGCAGUUGCCUUGCCACUUCCCAUCACAUUUUGCUUCUUGUUAGUUUGCCCCCCUCCCCCUUUAAUAAAACAACAACAAUGGAAAGAAGCAUUCUCAAAAUAAACAAAAAACAAUAAAUUAAAAAUGAGUCAAUACGAUAAGAAACAAAGGUUACAGACGCACUGACACGAGCCCUGAAGCUUAAGUGGCAAUGGGCAGGACAUAUUUCACGAUAAACUGAUAAUCGAUGGACAAUCUUAACCACAAGAUGGAAUGGACCAACAUUAGGCAAACGAAGAGUUGGCAAACCAAAUAAACGGUGGACUGAUGA